AGUCCAUUUGAUCAAAUCAAAAGAACAUGAAGCUCAAUUAACGAAUAAAUGAUUUCAGGCUUCUAUCGUCUGCUUCUCAGCCUCCAUCCCUGGUAUGGUAGUGAGAGAUUGUGAGCAGAAAGGUUAGAAGGAAAUGGCGAUGAGGCAGUGGUGCAGCGCAGCAGCAAGGAGAGUGAUGAUGACGCAGCAGCCUCCUCUAACAUCCGCUUCUCUGAGUGGAGUCGCGGCGGGAGCCCCGAUCCUGUGCGGCAGGGGUGAAAAAAAGACAAAGAAAGGGAAGAGAUUCAAAGGAUCGUAUGGGAACGCCAGACCCAAGAAGGAGAAGAUGAUAGAGCGUAUCAAGGACAAGGUCUAGGUUCCCAGGUAAAAUCUACAUGGAUACAGAUGUUAUUUGUCUGACAGGAUUAAGAGCACCUGCUGAAUGUAAAAUAGAAGAAGAGAUGAGAGAUCAUUUGUAUGUUGACAAUCCAUGUGC